AGAGUGUAAUAUUUACUGUAUUUGAUGGCUGUUUGCACACAGAUUCCUUUGCUGGAAGAGUAGUCACAGACAAAAGGGCUUUCCCUUCUUGACCUCUUAAAGUUAUUUAUCCAUGUCCCUUUCUCCCUACCAGUUUACUUAUUCAGAUCUGCUGUCACUUCUUCCCCCUCAAAAUAUAGUCAAAUGUGAUGAUAUUUCUGCCAUUGCUGAUGUUCCACUUUCAGUGUUUGUUCAAUUGUUCCAAAAGAGAAAUAUUCUGCAAAAACCUUGCUUGGAGCCAUUACUUGUGAAUUCCUUAUAGUAUUAUAUUCAUGUCUAAACAAACCCUCUAUGCGUUUGAUAGCAAAAAUUGAAUCCCUAUUGGAAAAGAAAAAACUUAAUUCCUUUAUACUUGGAUUAAAAGGUUAGCUUUUUCUGUCUUUUGGGAAAGAAAUGAAGUAGAAGAUUUGUCAUAUGUGAUCCUUGUGGGCUCAGAGAGUAACAUUGCUGGUGCAUGGUAGAUUUGAUGGCUUCACAUUUGUUCCUCUAUCUUGCUUGCUGUGCAUAAGAUUCUUCUGUAAGUGACUUCUUUUGCUUUUUUAUCUCUUGAUCUAAAGCUGCCAAGGGCAGUUGUUCCUUGUUGAGUCCUGCAAGUAAUUAUCAGUCUCAAUUCUUUACCUGAAGAAAAAGUUACCUGGGUUCCCACAGCAUCUGUUUGAACCUUGAAUUCCUUCCUUCUUAUUAAGCUUGAGCAUACAUAUUGUUGCAAAUUGCCAAUGCUCACAGAUGUAUUCCAUUGGUACAUCUUCGAUUGCGAUAGCUUCCGAAGAGUAUUCGGGAAACAAUUGGGAUACCCUCACUGUGGUCCAAAGGAUGAGCUUUACUGAGGCUAAUAGAAUCUCCGACAGCAACAGCAGGUUAACACAAGAUCAAGAUCUCAGUGGUUUGGUUGCUGGUGCUGCUAUGCUCUCACCCUGUCGCAAUGGAAGAUCUCGUGAAGGCAUGAGUUGCAUCAAGGGGAACAAGACGGAAAUUGCAGCUGGAGGUGGAAAUUUACCUUGCCAUUCUCCAGGAAAUACUAGUUUUCAAUAUGCAAAGUCUGAAGAGCAACAAGAUGUUUCAGUUGAGCGUUUCAAAGAUCCUCCGGCGAAAGAUGAGAAGAAGCAGAAGAAUGAAUUGAACCCUGGAAGAAGCAACCAUAAGUCAAGCAGUAAAAAUAAUAAAGUUUGUGAGAAUGCUGACGUUUGGAAGGAUGAUUAUAUCCAUGUUAGGGCCAAGAGAGGCCAGGCCACCAACAGUCACAGCCUUGCUGAAAGAGUUAGAAGGGAAAAGAUUAGUGAAAGAAUGAAACUUCUUCAAGAUCUUGUUCCAGGAUGCAGCAAAAUAAAUGGAAAGGCUAUGAUUCUUGAUGAGAUAAUCAACUAUGUACAGUCGUUGCAGCACCAAGUCGAGUUCCUUUCGAUGAAGCUUGCGGCUGUUCAUCCAGAAAUGAGCUUUGAUCUAGAGCAAAUUCUUCCAAAAGAUGUUCUUCAGUCAUGCUACAGCGGAUCGUCUGUCCUUGCAUUUGGUCCAAGAAUGAGCAACUGCCAGUCGGCCUUGUAUUCCUCCACCUAUCAAAGGAUCUCUCAACCUGAGAUGCCUUACAUUGCUCACACUUCAGAGGAAUUGCAGCAUGCUUCCUUUUUACAAGUCCCUCACUUGUAUCAGCACUUGCCUAGUCCAUGGCAGGAUGAGCUCCGCCGCAUGAAUCUCUUACCUAGCGAAGCUGCCACAGACCGACCACACUGGUAGGUGGCUAUUAUGAGAUCUUGUGAUUACUCAUGCAAAUGUUCCGAUGGCACACAGUUCUAAAGCUAUAGCAGUUACCCUUCCAACCAAUUGCAUACAAGGAUGUAGUGAUGCUUCAAGCAUCUGUUCAUGUUUUGGAUUACAAAUGAUGUGUGUAUAGAAUUUCACAGUUCUAACCUUUAUCUUCA